UUUACCUUUAAACGCAUGGCUUGUUGUUUUUGGAGGGCUAAACGUAACUCACUACCAGUGGAUGAGGCGAUCACUCAAUUGGGUAUAUCGUUAGUGUCAAAGUAUGGCUGCUGUAUAGAGAAGCUAGAUCACGUCCUGUGUGAGGGGGAGGGUCCAAAAAAAGUUUGGGAGUGCUUUGCUUCAUGUUGUGCUAAUCGAUUACCACAGCAGCUGUCUUGGGAUGGGAUGAUGACGUUUUGGUGGAGACGUGCUGUAUCAAAUUCACAGGUUCAUCGUUUAAUGUGUUUAGAACUCAAGAAAUUCAUUGACAGAAUCUCAGAAAUAUUACCAGCCAUCGAGUCUGCCCCGCCACGAUGCACAUCGGGAAUACAGGCACUGUGCACAUUAAAAAUUGCAAUGGAUAAAGCAAACUUACUUAUACAGCACUGCUCAGAGUCUAGUAAACUCUACCUGGCAAUUACAACAGAGAGGAUAGUUUCCAGAUGUGAGAGAAUACGAAAACCUUGGGUAGUAUCUUUGAGUCAAAUUCAAAAUAUGGUCCCAUUGCUGUUGGCUGGAAAGAUAUCUGGAAUUGCCCGUGAUCUUAGGAGCACAAAGUUUCCCGUUGCACCUGCUGAAGAAGAGGCUGGGAAGGUUAUAUUAGGACUACUUCGACAAGCAAUUCCUGUGUCCAAUUCUGUAAAUGAUUUAGAACUCGAGGCUGUUCAACUUGCAGCUUCGACACUAAAAAUUACAUUCCCGUCUGCAGUUUUGAUAGAGAAAAGAUCUAUUAAGCGUUUGCUUGAUAAAGCCACUGAUACAGACCCUAAGAAAAAAAUCUUGAAGUGGUUGUUCUAUCUUUUGAGGAAAUAUGGAGAAAUAAUUGGACGAAACCAGGAUGAUGACAAUCAUAUGCAGCAUGAUGAAACUCGAGCCAAUGACUUUGGUACACCUGAACCUCCCAAGGAGUUCAAAUGUCCCAUCUCUAUGCAGGUGAUGCAUGAUCCAAUGAUUAUUGCUUCUGGGAUGACGUUUGAACGAUUUUGGAUAGAGCAGUGGUUUAAUGAGGGUAACCAGACAUGCCCUAUAACUCAUAUGAAGCUUGACAACUUGUUCGUGGCUCCAAACUCUAUUCUGAAAGAACUCAUUGAUGCUUGGUCUUCCCAGCAGGGGAUUACUAUUCCUGACCCAUAUUUAGAACCAAACAUUUGCUCUCUUUUCUCCCGGGAUUCUUCUGUUUCCAGUUCCAUUGCCAGCUUUCCUAGUUCUGUGAAUAACUUGAACCUUCAUCUUAGUGUUGUGUCCAUACGCUCUUCAGGGACUGAUGAUAUUUUAGAAAUUUUAGAUGACUUUAGUGAAAGCAGAUUAAGUUGUAGGCAUGGACAAAAGAAUGCAGUUUCUGAAAAACUUAACCACUCUACAGAGACUUACGGAAACAUGUUGGCUUCUCUUUCCAAACUUGCUACACUUUCAUGGGGAUCACAAUGCAAGACAGUUAGAGAUGUGAACAAAACGCUUCAAGAAAAUAAACGCGCAUGUCAUACUUCAAUUUCCAACAGUUGUGUUGAACCUUUGAUUAAUUUUUUGAAGGAUGCACAUGGAUUAACUGAUGUAAAAGAACAGAGAGAUGGAGCAGAGGUGCUGUCGGCGAUUUUGAGAAAUAACAGUAGUGAAAUGCUACUGUUUGAUAAAGAUGGGAUUUACGUGUUGGCGUCGUAUAUUGAAACUGAAAUCACUGGAGAAGUCCUUGGUAUCAUAGAGAUUUUGUCUUCCCAACCUGAAUACAAGUCUAUGAUAGUGGCAACUGGUGUUCUUCCUUCCAUUCUUAAAGUCCUCAAUACCAAGACUCGGGACUUUCAUAGUAUUGCAAUGAAGAUACUGUGUAAUUUGUCCUGCAAUUGUGAUAUUGGAUACCAUAUGGUGUAUUUGGACUGCAUUCCAAAGCUGAUUCGGUUAUUGGGUGAUCCAGAUCUGGCACGGUUUUGCAUUGAGAUCAUUAGGAACCUAUGCAGUAUAGAGGAGGUUAGGAUUGCAGUAGCUGAAACCAGCUCAUGCAUCAGUAACAUUUCCCAAAUACUCGAAAUAGGAACAAAGGAGGAACAAGAACAUGCUGCAGGUGUUCUUCUUUUUGUAUGUCGUGAGCAUGCUGAUUUCUGUCAACUGGUCAUGAGAGACACCAUCUUACAAUCUUUAGUUGAUUUGUCUCUCAAUGGGAAUUCCAGAGGUCAAAUAAUUGCCUCUGAAUUGCUCCAACUCUUGGAACAUGUCAAAGAUGAUCCUGCAGAGUGUUCAAUUCCUGAAACUGAUCUGGCCCUGCUCGACAUCUCAAGCUCCUCCAGUAGCCAGUAUGAAGAUAAGAAACCGCCUUUCAGGGCAUUUCGGUUCUUCAGAAAGAUUUUAUCACUAUAUUUAUAACGCCUUGUACCCAGAAAGGGUUGAAAAGUUAGCCCCUAUUACUGUAAGGUCCUUGAUAGAACCUAAUGCAACCCAACACAAGAACGCACGCAGGAAGCAACUACAAUCACCCACAGAAAGUAAAACACUCAAUAAUGUAUGAACAAGAUUCCAUUGCAAAUCUUGCAGAGAAUCUUUGAGGAAUCUUCAGGGCCAACACAGAAUGACCCUCGCAAUGUUUUAAAAUGAGAAGAAAGCCCUUUUAAAAGAAAAACCCCACCUCGCAACGUUUUAAAAUGAAUUGAAUAUCUAUCUAUGAUAUGCAUAGAGUGAUGGAUGCAUGACUAAAAACAUAUGUUAUUAUAUUUUAAUUGUAUGAAGUAA